AUGCUGCAGUGCCGAGCAACUCGCUCGAUGUCGUUGAUGUGCCGGUCGGUGCGCGCCUUCUCGGUGCGUCAAGCAGUGCAACUGGAGAAUCAAGUGCUGGAAAAGCUGCGUGGCGUGUCAUACGGAUUGGGGAUGGGGGACAUCGUGUCCUCAGGCCGCGUCAAGGACCUGCAAGUGACGCCUGAGACGGGUCAAGUUGCCUGCAAGAUUGAGAUGUCGUCGCCGGUGCUGAAGGAGCUGGCUGAGCAGUGGCAACUGGAGGCUAAAGUUGCGGUGAAGGAGCUGGCGUGGGUCAAAAUGACCGACUUUGAGCUUACCAAGGCACGGCCACGUAAUGCUCGAGCUGGGCGCUUGUCGUCGCUGGCUCAUGUGUCGGACAUUAUUGCUGUGUCUAGUUGCAAGGGUGGAGUAGGAAAGUCCACGGUGGCAGUGAAUUUAGCGUUCAGUCUGGCCAAGCGUGGUGCGCGAGUGGGCAUUUUGGACGCUGAUAUUUACGGACCAAGUCUGCCCACAAUGAUCUCCCCGGUAGAUCGGACCAUUCGUCCGUCGAGAAAGGUCAAGAAUUUUGUCGAACCGGUAGAGUACGAGGGUGUCAAAUGCAUGUCUUUUGGCUUUGUAAACCAGCGUGCUGCUCCAGGUGCUGGAGGAGUUGGAGCCGCUGUGAUGCGUGGACCGAUGGUCUCAAAGCUGAUUGAUCAGCUUGUCCUUGGUACGGAAUGGGGUGACCUCGAUUAUUUGGUCGUGGAUAUGCCACCAGGAACAGGGGACAUUCAAAUUUCGUUAUCGCAGCAAAUGGCUAUUUCAGCCGCAGUUGUCGUCACAACACCGCAGAGACUCAGCUUUGUCGAUGUGGAGAAAGGGAUUGCGAUGUUCGAUGACUUGAAGGUGAAGACAGCUGCUGUGGUAGAGAACAUGUCCUACUUUGACUGCUCAAAUGGACAGCGAUAUUAUCCAUUCGGCCCGGGCCAUACACAGGAGCUUGUCGAUAAGUACAACAUGAAAAACGUGUUCAAGCUGCCUAUCACGGAGCACUUCAGUUCAUCGGGUGAUUCCGGACGCCCCUUUGUUCUGUCAGGACUAUCCCCAGACGAGGAAGAGACUUACGACUUGCUUGCGACCACGGUGGCGAAGGAACUCGUCGUAUUGAAGCACAACAUUCGCCUGGCGCCGGAUCUUCUGUAUGAUAAGAAUCGCGGUAUCGUGCUUCGAUUGUACAGUCAGAACGAGGCAAAGGAGGCUGUACUCCACCCAGCUGACCUUCGAGCUCGCUGCCGGUGCGCCCAAUGCGUCGGCGAGUUUACCGGAGAGCAGAUCUUGGACCCGGCUACCAUUCCAGACAGUAUCGUUCCUACCGCGGUCGAGCGAAAGGGCAACUAUGCGUUUGCAGUCACGUGGAGUGAUGGUCACACUUCGUCGCUUUACACUUACGAUGCACUCACGGCACUCAUCGCUGAGUACACGUCUAAGUCAGCAGAACAGCAGCUGUAG